GUGACGCACACACGGAGACGGAAACGCGAUGUGGCUGCUGACCGUGCUCGUGCCGCUGCUCCGGCUCUACCUGGCCGGCUUCAGGGUGCUCAUCUACCAGGUGUUCAACCGCUCCUUCACGCUGCCAGUCUUACCCAAGCAGAAUGGAAGGGUUGCCAUAGUGACGGGGGGAACCCGAGGAUUGGGUUAUGAGGCCGCGAGGCGCCUGGCAGGCCUCGGCAUGCAUGUUGUCAUAGCUGGAAACGAGAGGGAGGAGGGAGCAGCAGCCGUCAGGAGGAUCCAGGAGGAAGGCGUCGAGGGCAACGUGGAGUUUGUGUUCUUGGACCUGACCUCCCUGAGAUGCGUGAGGCAGUUUGCCCGGAGCUUCCAGGCCCGAGGCCUGCCGCUGCACGUCCUGCUGAACAACGCCGGCACCAUGAUGGUCCCCGAGCGGCGGACGGAGGACGGCUUUGAGUUACACUUCACGCUCAACUACCUGGGCCACUUCCUGUUGACCAACCUGCUGCUGGACACGCUGAAGAGGUCGGGCCGCCACGGCGCCGGCUCCCGGGUCGUCAACAUGUCGUCGGCCACGCACUACGCGGGCGAGCUGCAGCUGGACGACCUGCACCGCAGGCUCUGCUACAGUUCCCACGGGGCCUACUCCCAGAGCAAGCUGGCCCUGGUCCUCUUCACCUACCACCUGCAGGAGCAGCUGGCGGCCGGCGGCUUCCCGGUGACGGUGAACGCCGUGGACCCCGGCAUGGUGGACACGGCGCUGUACGACAACCUGUGGAGCCUCGCGCGGGCCGUGAAGAGACUGGUGGCCAAGACGCUGUUCAGGACUCCAGCAGAGGGCGCCUCCAUCUCCGUCUUCGCGGCGGCGGCCUCCUGCCUGGAGGGCGUGGGGGCCUGCUACCUGUACAACGGCCUGCAGGCGCAGUCCUCCAGCAGCUCCUACGACCCGGAGCUGCAGGCCCGGCUGUGGAAGAAGAGCUGUGAGCUGGUGGGCCUCCAGGGGUAGCUCCUCCUGGACCACCUGGACCUCCUGGACCUCCUGGACCAGCACCCACAGCAUCAUGGAGGUUCUUUUAGGACCCAGGCGAAAUGCAAUAAAAGAUGAUGUACAACCAAAGUGCAUUCUGGGGGACCGGUUGCUCCUGGAGGAGGUCAGGACAUUCACCCCGGAGACCGCCGUGAGUCUCCUGUGACCCCAGAAGGCUCUUGCCUUGCUAACACGUUAUGCCACACAUGUUGCUCGCCUGAAGGCUCUGAGGCCCGAAGGCUCUGAGGCCCGAAGGCUCUGGGGCCCGAAGGCUCUGGGGCCUGAAGGCUCUGAGGCAUGAAGGCUCUGAGGCAUGAAGGCUCUGAGGCAUGAAGGCUCUGGGGCCUGAAGGCUCUGAGGCCUGAAGGCUCUGGGGCCUGAAGGCUCUGAGGCCUGAAGGCUCUGGGGCCUGAAGGCUCUGAGGCCUGAAGGCUCUUGGGCCUGAAGGCUCUGGGGCCUGAAGGCUCUGGGGCCUGAAGGCUCUGGGGCCUGAAGGCUCUGAGGCCUGAAGGCUCUGGGGCCUGAAGGCUCUGGGGCCUGAAGGCUCUGAGGCCUGAAGGCUCUGGGGCCUGAAGGCUCUGAGGCCUGAAGGCUCUGAGGCCCGAAGGCUCUGAGGGCCGAGGAUCCAUCGUGAGUUCAUCUCCGCCAACAAUGAUCACGUCUUGAAUGUAGCGUCUCUGAUCUAGAUAUGCCGACAGUCUGAUCGAGCUCAAAGGGCGCAUGGACAAGUCUCACCACUAGAUGGCGCCAGGCGCUACGCGCCGGCCCUUUAAGUGGAUUCAGUUUUAGGGUUUGUCUAAAUGUUUUUAUUGUUGCCUUUUGUAAUGAAACUGAGUUUUAAAGAAGGACUCGAUGGGCUUUGAUCGGUUAUUGAUCGGUUAUUGAUCAGCUAAUGAUCGGUUAUUGAUCGGUUAAUGAUCGGCUUAUGAUCGGUUAUUUAUUAGUUAUUGAUUGCCUAAUGAUCGGCUAAUUAUCGGUUAUUGAUCGGCUAAUGAUCGGUUAUGAUUGGUUAUUGAUCAGUUAAUGAUUGGUUAUUGAUCGGUUAUUUAUUAGUUAUUGAUUGGCUAAUGAUCGGCUAAUUAUCGGUUAUUGAUCAGUUGAUUGGUUAUUGAUUCAUCAGUUAAUGAUCGGGUAUGAUCGUCUCUGUGUACGGUUCAGUGUUUUCUAAUCAAAGUGUUUACAUCAUAGUUUACCACGACUGAAUUUUGCCCUUUUCCAGAUUGUAUUAAUUUAAUUUAAGCAACAUGUUUACGUGUAAAAUAUGAACAGAUUAUGAAAUACCUCUUAAUGUUAAUAAACUAACACAUUGCUUUGGAUCAAA